CACGGGGCUCAAAGUUCAAGGAAAAUAACCGAAAGAGGUCGCUCUCACUGGAGGUCAUUGUUGGGUCGGGAAGGACAACCCUGCCCUCCAGGUUACUCUGGUGGCUUCUAAAUUCACCCUGUUGCAAUUCCUUCACAGAUGCGGGAUUGCCCAAAUUUCUGUCCCGGUACCUCAAGUGAACCCCGAGUCCUGGCAGUUUUCCUGUCUCCCUAAGGACUAAGGCUCGCCCAGUCCUGGGGGAAACCCGCCCCAGGCCUUCUCCCUCUCUCAAUACUAGGAGGAUUUGCCCUUCCUGGCUCGUGAGUUGGCCGCGAGUGGGGUGAGGGGGCAGUAGGGGAGCGCAUGAAGCAAAGCAACAAAACUACUGGAGAUUCUGGAGAUAUUAAAAUGCAACCCGUGCCAGGAGCGUGAAGAGGAAUGUGGGGUCUUUCCCCCAAGUCUACGCCCGGCAGCCCGAACCCUGUGCCCGAUUCCUGGUGCGGAGUGCAAGAGGUCCCCGCGGCGCCUGGCUGACAGUCUCGCUGGCAUCCGGUGACUUGUUUGUGUUGGUUUUCCCCUCUUGCAGCCGGCGACCAAGCGGACAUCCUCGGGGACCCCAAAGCCACCCACUCCUGAGAGCUCGGAAAGCGGCUCUGCACGAGGGACCUUGUGAGUUGGCGGCGCCGAGCCUCCGGAGCUACUUGCUGGUUCAUCAAUGAAGCAACCCGAAGUGAUGAAGAUGUAAGGGACGCAUCCUACGCUAACACUGUUGCAGUUGGAAAGGCUUCUCUGCAGAAUGUCAAACAAAGAUCGACACAUUGAUUCCAGCUGUUCGUCCUUCAUCAAGACGGAACCCUCCAGCCCAGCCUCCCUGACGGACAGCGUCAACCACCACAGCCCUGGUGGGUCUUCCGACGCCAGUGGGAGUUACAGUUCAACCAUGAAUGGCCAUCAGAACGGACUGGACUCGCCACCUCUCUACCCCUCUGCUCCGAUCCUAGGAGGCAGCGGGCCUGUCCGGAAACUGUAUGAUGACUGCUCCAGCACUAUCGUAGAGGAUCCCCAGACCAAGUGUGAAUAUAUGCUCAACUCCAUGCCCAAGAGACUGUGCUUAGUGUGUGGCGACAUCGCCUCUGGGUACCACUAUGGGGUUGCAUCAUGUGAGGCCUGCAAGGCAUUCUUCAAGAGGACGAUUCAAGGUAACAUAGAAUACAGCUGCCCAGCCACGAAUGAAUGUGAGAUCACAAAGCGCAGACGCAAAUCCUGCCAGGCCUGCCGCUUCAUGAAGUGUCUCAAAGUGGGCAUGCUGAAAGAAGGGGUCCGUCUUGACAGAGUGCGUGGAGGUCGGCAGAAGUACAAGCGCAGAAUAGAUGCUGAGAACAGCCCAUACCUGAACCCUCAGCUGGUGCAGCCAGCCAAAAAGCCAUAUAACAAGAUUGUCUCUCAUUUGUUGGUGGCUGAACCAGAGAAGAUCUAUGCCAUGCCUGACCCUACUGUCCCCGACAGUGACAUCAAAGCCCUCACCACACUCUGUGACUUGGCCGACCGAGAGUUGGUGGUUAUCAUUGGAUGGGCAAAACAUAUUCCAGGCUUCUCCACACUGUCCCUGGCAGACCAGAUGAGCCUCCUCCAGAGUGCAUGGAUGGAGAUUCUGAUCCUCGGCGUUGUAUACCGAUCGCUUUCGUUUGAGGAUGAACUUGUCUAUGCAGACGAUUAUAUAAUGGAUGAAGACCAGUCCAAAUUAGCAGGCCUUCUUGACCUAAAUAAUGCUAUCCUGCAGCUGGUGAAGAAGUACAAGAGCAUGAAGCUAGAGAAGGAAGAAUUCGUCACCCUCAAAGCAAUAGCUCUUGCUAAUUCAGAUUCCAUGCACAUAGAAGAUGUGGAAGCUGUUCAAAAACUUCAAGAUGUGUUACAUGAGGCCCUGCAGGAUUACGAGGCUGGCCAGCACAUGGAAGACCCCCGCCGUGCAGGCAAGAUGCUGAUGACACUGCCUCUGCUGAGGCAGACCUCCACCAAGGCAGUCCAGCACUUCUACAACAUCAAACUCGAAGGCAAAGUGCCCAUGCACAAACUUUUUUUGGAAAUGCUGGAGGCCAAGGUCUGACUAAAAGCCCCCCUGGGCCCUCCCAUCCUGCACGUUGAAAAGGGAAGAUAAACCCAAGAAUGAUGUCGAAGAAUCUUAGAGUUUAGUGAACAACAUUAAAAAUCAACAGACUGCACUGAUAUUUUAGCAGCCACAGUACGAUGCAGCCUGCGGAUUCCGCCACAUCUUCCUGAUAGGUUUCCUCUACUUUAUCCCACGAUCCUCUGGCCACAUCCCUGCCUUCCUCCACUCUUCCUUGUUCCAUUAUUAUGUUUUGCUUCUUUCACUAAUAGUUCCUUUUCCCUCCUCUCCUCCUUCCCUCCCUCCUCCUCUCCCUCCCUCCCCCCUGCCUCCUCUGUCUCCCCCUUC